UAUACCUACACUUCUUGUUCACCAAAAAAAAAGGGUAAAGAAAAUGGGCUCAAUUACACCUUUUGUGUGUAUUUGGGCCGAGCCUAGCCCAGGUUUGACGUAGCCCAUGUACCCGUUUAUUAGCUGUGAUGAUUUCCCGCCAAGAAUAACCGUCUUCAAGAGGGAGUAAAAAUCACUCACUUCCCAUUCUCAACCGUCUCUCUCUCUCCUACACCAACUUGCAUUUUCUCGGCAAAAUCAAUGGCACAGACCACCGCCAAGGACCACACCCACAUUGAAAUAAACCUCAAGACGCCGCCACCACCGCCACAGCCCCGCCUCUCCAUCGACUGCUCUGCUGCGGGCCAAUUCGGGAAAGAACAGAGCCAGAGGGUGCCCUUCUUCAAAACCCUGUACUCGCAGCAGAGGAGGACCAAGAGAGAGGACGCUUGGGUCAUCUCCCUUUUCGUCAUUUUCCACCUCGUGGCUUUCGUGGUUACCAUCAUCGUCAACGAUUGCUGGCGAAACUCCCACCACGAUUGCGCUCUUAAACCCCUCGGAAUGUUCUCGUUUCAGCCCCUUUCCGAGAAUCCCCUACUUGGCCCCUCUGCUUCAGCGCUUGAUGAAAUGGGGGCCCUUCGCCGGACAUUUUUGACAAAACAUCACCAAGUUUGGCGUCUUUUCGCAAGCCCAUUGUUGCAUGCAGGGGUUGUCCACCUUAUCAUCAACCUUUCCAGUAUCAUCUUUGUUGGAAUUCACUUGGAACAAGAAUUCGGACCACUAAGAAUUGGAAUUAUCUACAUACUAUCUGGUUUCAGUGGUAGUUUGGUGGCUGCACUAUUUCUGGAAGACAGGCCAUCAGUUACUUCUUCCGGCGCUCUAUUUGGAUUACUUGGUGCCAUGCUAUCAGGGCUUCUCCGGAACUGGAAUUUCUACAGCAACAAGUUUGCAGCUAUUGUAGCCAUUCUAUCUAUCUCGGUGAUCAAUCUUUUGCUUGGUUUGCUACCUUAUGUGAACAAUUUUGCAAAUAUUGGAGGAUUUAUAUCUGGUUUCCUUCUUGGGUUGGUGCUCCUAUUCAGUCCCCGGCUUGCGCAAAUGCCUCAUAGUAAAGGAGGUUUAUUUGAUAAUGAGGUCACAUUUUCUGUCAAACUCAGACAGAAACUGGAUAGGCCUAAGCUGAGGAGUGUUUCUCUUGUUAUAUUCAGUCUUUUACUUGCUGGAGUAAUCGUUGCAGUUAUUCAUGGCAUAAAUGUGAACAAGUGCUGUGGCUGGUGUCGUUAUGUCGACUGUGUCCCCUCCAAAUGGUGGAGUUGCAAUGACAAACAAAUGUAUUGUGAGAGGGCAGAAAGCGAAGGGAGGUUAACUUUGACUUGCAAUGGGAGUGACAAGUUCAGGGUUUUCCCCUUCACUGGCAUUAAAAAGGCACGGAUUGAGGACUUGUGCAAUCUGAUAUGCUCUUAGAAUAAGCUAGUGAAUUUCCAAGCAACUUGGUUUGUAUAUUUUUUUUUCUCUUUCUAGUUUUAGAAAAACAUUUCCUGGAGAGCUUCAGUGAUGUGUUUGGAUGUCAUAAUACACAUUGAAAAUCCCUCUGGCCAUACAUGAGUUGUAAUGGUGCUUCAUGAACUUCAUUCCUGAACGAAAACUCCAGGAUUCUCUUUCUAUUUUGAUUUUGGAUUUGUGAAGAGGUUUGUCAAGGGAAACAAAGAAGAUAGGAAAAUUUGAAGGUGACUUUGUUCUAAA